AUGGAGGGUCGGGUGCGCGACGACCCCUGGGACAGUGUCUCCCUGGCGUUCACCAACCCUCAAUUGGACGACGAAUUUUGGAGGCACCGCGUUGUGCAAACCCUCUGCCGAUACGACCUGAUGAUCUACCUGUACGGCGUGCUCCACUGGGCCUCCCUCUUCCUGACGCUGCGCCCUCCCCCGGACACCCCGGUGUACGUCUGGGUGCUGGCCUACCCCGUGCUCAUGUUCCUGGAGCUCGCCGCCGUCUGCUCCAGCUUUCACAGGCUGAAGCAAUACGUCGAGUGGCGCACAUGCAUAGUGGCCGUCAUCAGGGUUUGCGCGAUUUUGGUGACAUCCAUCACCCUUUACGCGCCCCCCGGGAAGACGCCCCUGGCGGCCAUGGCUCGGUUGCUGUCCCAGACGCCCGUCGCGGCUUCCGUCAUUUUCGGCUGCGGGCUGCAGCUGCCGUUCAGGCUGCAUGUUGCGGUCCAAUUCUUGUCUUGUACAGUAGCCAUGCUCUUCGUGCCGAGCUACGUGAAGGCUUGGGAGCUCCAGGGGGAGGCCCUUGCGGGUGCCUGUCGGUCUGUGGGCGGGACCGUGGAUUGGGCCUUGAGGGCGCUGGUGUGGGUGGGCCCGGCGGAGGCUGGGGAGGAGGGGCUGAGGGACCGGUGCUCCUGCUGCCUCGUGAUGUACUUUCUGCAGUGGGUGGUGGGAUUUGUGGCGCCGUCCGCGUUCAUUUAUUGCGUAGAGAGCUACUCCAGGAAGGACUACAUUUUUGAGCACGGCCGGCUGACGCGCAAGGAGAGGCGCACGGUGCGCCGCGCCUGGCGGAGGGCGGUGCCCUCGGCGAUGCUCUGCGCCGUCAUCGGGGCGGUCACGCUGUGGGAGUUGCUGAAGGCGACGUCCAUGCCGGCAAGCUGA